AUGGUUGUCCUGAGGAUAAGAAAUGUGCACAAAAGGAAAUAUGCACUCCUCUGCUUGUGCAUUGUUGGCUUCAUUAUGUACAGGUAUCUUGGUGUGCCGGCAAAGGGGCGGAGGAUGAGCAGGAAAGUGGGCCUGAGCGCCAACACGUCCCAGUUCACUCUGGAGGGAGAGCCCUUCCGCAUCCUUGGGGGGUCCAUCCACUAUUUCCGUGUGCCCAGGGCCUACUGGAGGGACCGCCUGAUGAAGAUGAAGGCCUGUGGCUUCAACACCCUCACUACGUACGUGCCAUGGAGUCUGCACCAGCCGGAGCAGGGUGUUUUUAACUUCCACACACAGCUGGAUUUAGGAGCGUACAUCAGUCUUGCGGCUGAGUUGGGACUGUGGGUGAUUUUACGUCCGGGGCCCUACGUCUCCUCUGAGCUGGACCUUGGAGGACUGCCGAGCUGGCUUCUCCGGGACGGCAGCAUGAGGCUGAGGACGACUCACCCCGCCUUCACUCAGGCUGUCAACACUUUCUUUGACAAACUUAUACCAAAAGUGGUUCCACUGCAGUUCAAGAAAGGAGGUCCCAUCAUCGCAGUGCAGGUGGAAAAUGAGUACGGCUCCUUCGCAAAGGACCAAAGCUACAUGCUUUUCAUUAAAGAGGCUUUACAGUCCAGAGGGAUCAGUGAGAUGUUGCUCACAUCAGACAACCACAACACACUAAAGUCAGGGGGUGUGGAUGGAGCCAUCAGGACAGUGAAGCUGCAGAAGCUAAAUCAGAGGACCAUCCAGGACCUGAAUGCCAUCCAGCCCAACAGCCCCACCAUGGUGAUGGACUACUGGACCGGCUGGUAUGAUGUGUGGGGGGACCUCCACCAUGUGCUGCCCCCAGAGGAUGUGGUGUCCACCGUGAGGGAGAUCCUGAGGAGAGGCAUGUCUGUCAACCUGUACAUGUUCCACGGAGGAUCCAGCUUUGGCUUCAUGAGCGGCGCUCUCGCUGAUCCUUCCUACAGAGCUUUAGUCCCCAGCUAUGAUUAUGACGCUCCCUUGACUGAAGCCGGGGAAUACACUCCAAAGUACCAUCUUCUCAGGGACUUACUGUCUCGAUACAACAGAGGAGACACCUUCCCCGACAUGCCAGCCCUGCGUUACAGGGAGGCUUAUGAACCCGCCAUCAUGUACCAGCACCUGUCCUUAUGGGAUGCUUUGAGCUUCACUGAGGGACCCUUUAAGUCAGCCAAGCCAGUGAACAUGGAGAAGCUGCCCGUGAACAGCGGGAACGGCCAGGCCUAUGGCUACACUCUGUAUGAGACCUCCAUCACCAGCGGAGGACUGCUGAAGUCAGGAGAUAACGUCCGAGACCGAGCGCUGGUGUUUGUAGACAGAAGCUACGUUGGUCUCUUCAAGCGGCAGAGCCUGGAGCUGGCGGUUCCUGACGGUAAGGGACGUCGUACCUUGAGUUUAUUGGUGGAGAACUGCGGCCGAGUCCACCGGGGAAGGGACCUUGACAAACAGCAUAAAGGACUAGUGGGAGACAUUUUAUUAAACAACAUCCCCUUGCGGGAUUUUACAGUGUACAGCCUGGAUAUGAAACCCAGCUUUAUUGACAGUCUUUAUCAGGCACCUUGGAAAACUCUCUCUGAAGCUCCCAGCUUUCCUGGAUUUUUCAUGGGGAGGCUGUUCGUGUACGGAUACCCCAGCGACACGUUUGUGAAGAUGCCAGGCUGGGAGAAAGGUGUUGUGUUCAUCAACGGGCUGAAUCUGGGCCGCUAUUGGUCUAUUGGCCCCCAGCAGACGCUCUACCUGCCUGGUCCUUUCAUAAACAGUGGAAUCAACCAGGUCAUUGUGUUUGAGGAGCAGGAGGGAGACUACAAGGUCCAGUUUGAGGACACGCCCGACCUCGGAAUGGCAGCAGACGUCCAGUGACUGAACUUUGUGGGAAACUGUUGUAUGAAAAUGUGCCUUUUUGUACAAAGUACUCUUGACAUGAGGUCAAAUUCAGAUCCAAGGAUCCCAACGUUGUUAUCAGCCGUGCUCUAGCAUUCUGCAGACACACCUCACACAUCAACAACCAAUCAGAGGCAGAGGCAUGACUGUAUGGGAGCAGUUUAUGUCCAUGUACAUACAGUACCUUUAGUUACACUGAACCUGUACACAUAGAGCAGAAACAUCAAGCACAUCUUCUUCUCUGUGGAUUCCCACUGACAGAGGAAUGAUUUCUGUCUGUGGACCACAGCUAUAGUCACACUGUUGGGUUUGUAUUGCUUGUGUGAGUGUUCUGGUGUCAUGUAGCAGUUACUGAAUGGAUGCAUCUUAACAAACAAACAACAGCUUUAUGAGACAAUAGGAGGCAGAAGUGAUGCAAAGAGCUUUCAAGUGAAACCCAAGCAGCGUUGUAGCAACAUCAGACCCUUGUUCUGAAGUGAAAGUUCAAGGUUUCAGCAGCCUGUCACAUUAACAACUGACCAAACUCUUCCAAGCCGCAGAGUCGGAGAGAACAUUUGCAUUUAAAAGCGGUGCCACUGCAAGUCAAUGGGGUAUGAAAUCAUCACUUGCAAGUCAUCCAUCCAUGGUGGGAAUAAUUAGAAUGUGUAACACAGCUAAAAGAAAGGAUGCACAUAAUGGCUUCAUAUUCCACUGAUUCUUACAUGUAUAGUUCACAGCUAACAAGCCAAUGGUACCAGUUCCUCUGAAACAAUAAAUAAAUCACAAUAAACCUUCAGUUCACUUCAUUAGCUUAUCAGGAAACCUGUGCAGUGGACAGACUGCGAGCUACACUCAGUCCUCUCCUACAUGUGAGAAGUAAUGUUACAGCAUCUCAGGACUAAAGCAGAGCUGCAGUGAAUGAGUGUGAGGGAGGACGUUGCUGUUACGCUAUAAUAAAUGGCUGCUCUGUG